GCCAAGGAUUUCCUCCGUGAAAAAGCUGACUGUCCUAAAGUAUCGUUAAAUUAACGUGUUUUAUCCAAAAUGGGUAAGGGAAAAGCUGAAGUUGGUACGCCAAAAUAUCUUGCCAACAAAAUGAAGGCUAAAGGCUUGCAAAAGCUUCGCUGGUAUUGCCAGAUGUGCGAAAAACAAUGUCGUGAUGAAAAUGGAUUCAAGUGUCACACCAUGAGCGAGUCGCAUCAAAGGCAAAUUUUGUUAUUUGCCGAUAACGCAGGCCGCUUUAUCGAUGGUUUUUCUUCGGAGUUCCUAACAGGAUACAUACAGAUAUUGCGGAGACAAUUCGGAUCCAAGCGUGUCGCCGCAAAUAAAGUGUACCAAGAAUACAUUUCGGACCGGAACCACCUUCACAUGAAUGCUACAAAGUGGCAUUCGUUGUCCGAUUUUGUUAAGUAUCUCGGGCGUAACGGGCAUUGUGUAGUCGAUGAGACGGAUAAGGGUUGGUUCAUCACAUACAUCGAUCGCGAUCCGGAAACUCUAGCUAUGCAGGAAAAGAUGGCCAAGAAGCAGAAGAUGGAUAAAGAUGAUGCAGAAAGGCUUGCGGAGUUCAUCGAGGAACAAGUACGACGUGGAAAGUGUGAAGACGAAGAAAAAUGCUCAGGUUAUUCGGAGUUGACGCGUGACAACGAAGAAGCAGCUAUAAAACUUGAUCUAAAAAUUGGCAGCAAACAACAAGGUCCAUCUAUGCUUCCGCCAAAACGACCAUUCGAUUUAUUGGAAAUAAAAAAAGAAAAGAAGGAAAAAUUAUCCAUUACUUGCGAGUCCAGGAAAUCUUCAGCAAUUGAUGAGCUUAUUAAAGAAGAAGAAAAGAAAAAAGAAAAAAUGAACAGAAAAGAUUACUGGUUGUUUGAGGGAAUCGUCGUCAAACUUGUAACACAUUCAUUGGGAGAUAAAUAUUACAAAGAAAAAGGAGUUGUAGUUGAAGUCGUUGAUAAAUAUCGCGCUAAAAUCAAGUUGCUUGAAACAGGAGAAAAGCUGAAAGUAGACCAAGCUCACUUAGAAACAGUAAUACCUGCAGUUGGGAAGCAAGUCUUAAUCUUGAAUGGAGGAUAUCGAGGAAGUACAGCUAUUUUGAAAGCUAUAAACACUGAGCAUUACAGUGUGACUGUUGAAAUCGCGUCAGGUCCAUUGAAAGGAAGAUUAGUCAGUAAUAUUGCUUACGAAGACAUAAGUAAGAUGUUCAUUUGAGUAUCUCGCUGGAGGGGUUUUGUGAAAUGAAUAAAAUUUACAUUAAUUCAUUAUAUUUAUUUCCGCGAUACGUAUUGCUACACUGCGUCCCAAAAUGAUAGCCUCACCUAGUUUUUUCUGUGCAGGGCGAAUACCGAGAAUAUGAUUUUU